GUACGUACAUACGUAUCUCUACCGGCCGCUGCAGCCGUUCUCGUCUCCUUCGAUCUCGCGAAAGCAAACCCUAGCGUUCUCGCAAAAAGCUCCUCGAUCCAUCGCCAUGGCGCCGUCGGCUUCCGACGUCUUGCGCCUCGACGGCAACGGGAACCCGAGGACGCUUCGCCUCUUGGCGUCGCUCGUGGAGGCCGAGUCCCGCCGCUUCGCCGCCGCCGCCUCCGAGCCCGCGGAGAACGACCUCGUCCGGGCGUUCCGCGGCGGCGCGACCCCGGCCGUCCCCAUCGCCGAGUUCCUGGAGCGCCUCCAGCGCUGCAACUACUUGUUUGAUGGCGCCGUCUACGUCCUCGCGGCGGCGCACCUCGCGCUCUUCAUGCGCAGCCCCGCCGCGCUCGAGGCCGGGAUCGUCGUCGAGCCGGCCACCGCGCACCGCCUGGUUUCCGUGGCGGUCCUGCUCGGUGCCAAGUUCAGCAGCCCGAGGUACUUCGAGAGGCGGGUGGAGUCGUUCCAGAUAUGCUCGGGCGAGUCCAUCCGGUCCACCGAGCUGUGCCCGCUCGAGUUGCUGUUCCUACGCGCCCUCGACUACCGCGUCUUCAUCGCCGACGAAGAAUUCCGGCGCUUCUUCAGGAUCCUGGAACGCCGUCCAGCUCCAGCGCGCAGCAUGGCUUGUGCAGCGAAGAAGAGGAAGGCCGAGGAGGAGGUGGAACCACGCCGCGUGCGAGCUUGCCAGCUAGCCGCCCGCUACGGCAUCUCAGGAUUCAACCGGAGUUAAGUUCUCAAAUUCUUUCUCUCAUUAUGCAUCCUCGCAUUGCAUUUGAAUCGUCAGGAACUGAGCACGCUUUCCUUCUGUCGCUUACUUGGUACUACUUACUGUCGUUUCUGUGUUUUCGAUGGAGGUUGUUUCCGGUGGAGAUCCAUCCAGCAGAGGAAAGUUGUCAGAGGACGAGAAGCAAGAGCUCACAGCAGACGCUGGAGAUCAAAUGUUGGCCUAAAUAUCAAGUCUGUCAAAUUAGUACGACAAGUGUUAGUCGACUCGAGUCCACUGUUGUCGUCUAUGUCUAGUCUUGGCUAUGAAGUAGCGUGUUACAGUCAGUCAGUCAUUACUCCCUCCAUCACAAAAUAAGUGUCGCCGAUUUAGUAUUAAAUCCAGACACUUAUUUCGAGACCGAGGGAGAGUCCUUGUGUAAGAUUCUUUUUAUAUAUCCAUAAAGACUAUUCAAUGUUUUGCACGAUGGCUCGUAGCAUCGUGCAAUUCAUGUGUCCAGAAAUUAUUUAGCCCAAAUCAGAGUCUAGUGUUCUCGUCUAGCUAUUCUGUUACGAUCAGCUAUUCAUUAGUACUGUAAGAUCAUCAAGGUUUCAAUUUCAAAGAUCAAUAAAGAGUAUACUUU